AUGUGUACCAGAAGAUGGGAGUGGUAUCUGGCUCUGGGACUGCUACUAGUGUCUUGGCCAUUCCUGGUGAACAGAAUUCAAGCUCAUUCGACACGUGAGAUUGUGGUCUCUGGCAGCAAUGUGAGCCUGACUGUCUCCAAGCUUAAGCCUGAUAGCUACAAAGAACUUAGCUGGAUAUACGCCCCAAGACAGAAAAUUGUAACAUGGACUAGGAAGAGAAAUCCUGAGUACUUCAAAUCUGAAUUUCAGGACAAGUUCCAUCUUGAUGACAACGGUACACUUCACAUUUAUAAUGUCCGAGAAAAUGACAGCAGCACCUAUCUCCUGCAGGUAUUUACGACAGAAGGACAUGAGCAUGAGUGGCAGAUCUCACUCGAGGUUUAUGAUCCUGUAUCCAAGCCUGGCAUAAAAAUUGAGAUGACAAAGGAAGUGAAUAAUAGCUGUUAUGCAAAACUAUUAUGUGAGACCUUGGACCGGCAUGUAAAUUACACCUGGUAUGGGGACUCAGGGCCUUUUUCCCAGGACCUCCAGAACAGUGUGCUUGAAAUCAUCCAUACACCAGAAAAUCACUCCAACUUUUAUACCUGCCAAACCAGCAAUCCUGUGAGCAGAAAGAAUGACACAGUCUAUUUCACUGCACCCUGUACUCUAGCCCAAUCCUCUGGAGUAGUUUGGAUUGCAGCUUGGCUAGUGGUCAUGGUACCUGUGAUUCUUAGCCUCCUACUUACCUGA